CCGGCCACCACCUCCACACCACCGCCAGCAGCGCACGCACACCAGGGGACAGCACUCCGACACACACUGCUCUCAAAAAAAAACUACAAGCGUGCGACUGGUUCCUGGGUGCGUGUGUGCGCGACUGCCGGUCAGUCCCACGGUCCUCAUGUAGCCGGGCGGUUGUGGCUGUCAUCUCGUGGACAGAAUGUUUGUCGUGCCUGGUGGACUUAGCAGCAGGGAACACCUGGACGCAGUUGAUGACGGAGUCUGUCCUCUCACCGUGACCGGGAGGGAUACAGGGGUGGUGCUUCGAGUGCGCAGCUUCUCAUCGCUGUAGACGCAGACGACAACGUGGGAACCCAAACGUCCCCUUGCAUUAGGAUGCUUCUAAAGAGACUGCAUUUUGUGCCUGCAGAGGUGGAGUGCGACACAGCGCCGCGCGGCGAUGUAAACAGUUCACUCACACAGGGCAACACGUGGACGGAACAACAUGGGAUGGGAACCUGCCAGCCUCAUAGCUUUUGGUUUAUUGUGCUGUCUCCUUCGUCUUCCUCUACAUGUUGUUUCUCUGGUUCCCACAAAGCUCCUUUGCCAUAUUGUCGCCGUUUCGGCCUGUAGAUAACCAGAACCAAUCAGCUUCCACCCUCGCUCACGUGGACAACGUCACGGAGCCAUCGCUGAAGUCAUCGUCCACUCAGUCAAGUUCAUCUAUCUCGCAGACGACGCUCUCGCAGCUUCUGACGUCACUAAAAACGUCUGACGCCUUCACAUCCAUCCAGACUCUCAUACGGGUUCUGUCGUCAUCCAGCCCUGUCUCCAGCAAGCCCUCUUCAUCGCCAUCAUCCAACUCUUCUUUCAGCGUGCCUCUGUCGCUGGUCGUGACGUCACAGAGGACGGUGAUUACGUCAGAAAAGGGUGCGGCAACGAAUCAGUCCCAGAAGCUUGCUUGCCAUGGCUUCACGGGCCGGCUGGGCAACGAGCUGUUCCAGUUCGCCAGCACGCUAGGCAUCGCCUUCUACCUGAACCGGAAGCCAGUCUUUCCUGGCAAUUUCGGCCUGUUGAGCAUCCUCAAGACGUCACCCAAGUACGAACCUGGCCUGCAGGCAGAACUGGGGAAGCGGUGCUCGAGCGCCAAGUCGGCGAACGAAGCCAGCGCCAACAAGUUCGACGAUCGUCUGAUGAAGCUGGACCCCAACCACGACUACUGGGUGGGCAUCUACCUGCAGUCGUGGCGCUACUUCGAGCGGCACAAGGAGGAGGUGCGACGGGCGCUCAUCUUCAACGAUGACAUCACCAAGGAAGCCAACAACGUGGUACAGAACAUCCGAAAGGAGCAUGCCAACGCCACCCUCAUCGGCGUCCACAUCCGGCGCGGCGACUUUGAGAGCAACCGCAACGUCGGGCUUGGGUAUCCCAUGGCCACCCCGGAGUUCAUCAACGCCUCCACCACCCACUUCCUCCGCCUCUUCACUGACAGCGUCUUCGUCGUGUCCAGCGAGAACAUGCAGUGGUGCAAGGACAACUUCCCCAAGAACCUGAAGAUCGUGUUUCUGGACCCGCACUCGCCGCCUGUCGACUUGAUGAUCCUGGCCUCCACGGAUCACAUCAUCACAACCUUUGGAUCCUACUCGUGGUGGGCGGGGUACCUCAAUAAGGGUAUCGUGGCGUACAUGAAAGACUACAUUAAACCCAACACGUACGUUGCACGACAGUUCGACCUCAAGCGAGAGGACUACAUGUACCCUGGGUGGAUACCGUUGUAAAAGGGAUUCGAUCAUCCUGUCGCUGUCGUUGAAAUCCAGUAGUUGGUGUCGGUGCGUGAAUGCAUAGAAAAAAAAGAGGACGACAGAAAGCUCAUACAACGUUUGUCUGUGUGUACGUGGUUAUUCAGGCGCGUGUGUGUGUGUGUGUUUGUUUGUUUGUUUGUUUGUUUUGAACACCGGGGACGAGAGUGAAAUCGUGUGUAUGAGUCUGUAUGUUCUAAACUUUAACCAAUCGACGGAACAUGUUAAAUGAAGAGAAAUGAAUUAAUGAAAACGAUCCCGGUCCUUGUGCGCAAGAUAUUCUGCCAAGAAUCUCACAUAUCAGUGUAUAUUGCUCACACACUCUUACCAUAUCUACAUGUAGCCGCGGAGCCUGUGAUUACUCGACAUCAUCUCCACGACUGAAAGAUGGCGGAGUGGACAAAGAUACACGUUGUCAUUACGAAACUCAAAAGUCUUGGAGACAUCGUCUUCCCUUGCAAGCCACCCUCACUCCACAAAGCUCAGACCAGGACCGCGAGCAGAAACCGGAUCUGCUUGUUAUGACCCCGUGGAGAGGUCAACCAAUGAAAGAGGUCAAGCACGUGAAGGAGUGUGAUUACGACGAUCGUUUGGGGAUGGUGGGUGUCGGGAGAGGUUCGCGUGGAUUUGACUCAAGAUAAUGCGCCGAUCCCCUGACCCCAAGUCGGUUUUCUAGGGCACACCCCACCCUCUACCUCCCAGCACCCGUUGAGUGGCUGCUGAUAAGGUGACAGGACUUUGUGUGAUGGUAACAACCGUUUGUAAACAGCUUGAUGGCAGCACGCGCAGACUCUCUCUCUCCUUCCUUCCAAACUUUGUUUUCAGAUCUCACUGUCCAGAACUUUAUUUUUUAAAGAUCGUUACUAAUUAACUUUUGUUUUCCAAAUAUACAAAGUGAGUGCCUGUGACAUUCUCUCACUCCGUGUGUCUUUUCACGCCAAACGUCCUCUCAACUAUUUUCCUUCAAACUGCUGAUAGUAACAUUGUUGUAACUGUGGGCCCGUGUAUGGAGCCUGGGGUUGCUAUAGUUACCCAGUUCCAACAUGGCGCUUUGAAUGCACAAAGGGUGUAGGUGUUCCCACACACCUAGGAUAUUGUUUAAAGUGUACAUGAUGCAACAUUCCACUUUUUUGUAAAUAACAUAUCUCACGUUUGAUGCCAGUGAAGCAUUCCGUUAUAACUGUCGUCACGAAAUAAAUCACGUGUUUAUCAGGUUUACAAGAACCUAUAUGAUUAGGAAUUUAACUGUGUGACAGACGACCUGUCCAGGAGAACAUGUUUCUCGAUCAUCUGAGAAGUCUUUUUUUUUUCACGAUUAACCAGAGAUGCGUGAUUGUGUGUGAGAGAGAGAGAGAAGUCCAGACACGAGGGUUGAAUGAGGGAAACUUUGAAAGCCGCAUCACGUGACGUGUAGACAAGAACGGGCCCUUAGGUUCAAGACUACAGGCAGCCCCAAUAAUGAUCACUAUGACCCUCGUGGUAUUGUCAAUGUGUCCACAGAAGGUUUGUAAGGUAACUAGCACCAGACCUAAAGUUUCUUCACAUUCGUCGUGGGUCGUGAAGGGGAAGGAGGGGCGACCUCACGUGACUGCCGUCUCACCUGUACCUGUAGUUUCACGUCACAGCUGUGGCGUCAACACGUGUGAGGUGUGUGCUUUACUGCGAGCUGACUACUCUGUCGAUAGUUAUAUGAUGGGCACGAGGACCAGGUGUAGCCUGAUGCCAAUAUAUCUCACACGUCCACGUCGUCAAUAUAAACAGUUUUACGAGAAUUUUACUUUCUACGAGGUGUAAGGAGCGAGAUGAGGUUACAAACAACUUAGCAAUGACCUCAUCUUCUCAACAUCUACACUCCACGUGCUACAUCUGAUUUGACUGAUUUGACCCUCGGCAAACAAUCCCUCGUAAUACUAUAGUUGGUUUAAUCUGCUGAAAGGAAUUCUAAGCAAUAUAUAUAUAUAUUUUUUUAUAGAUGUAUAUCUUGCAAUUGUAUGUGAUACUCUUUUUGUUGUGACUGGGAACUAGAGACGUGUGUUGUCUUGAAUAUUUUCUAUGCAUGUUAUUGUGGGCGUUUUCUACACAUUUCGUUUGGUUUAAUUAUAAUAAUCUGUUUUUGUCAAUGAUGGGUAUUGCAUAAUUCUUUUUCAUCAUUCUUUAGUUUCUUAACACCACCAUCUCCAUAUUAACGCUGCUGUUGUAGUGUUUUCAUAAAUAAAUAAGUCAGUGGGUAAUAAACCCCCAAAAUGCUGAAUACAUAUUUUUUCUAAUUUUUUGGGGAAAAGACUUCAGUCUAUCACGUGACUGUGUACUAGUUGAUGUCGAAAGCAAAGCGGGAUUCCUUGUAGUAAUGUGAAUAGGGGUAGGUGGUGGUGGGGUACAGGCACUUACAGUUGCACAUCUCGAGUAGACAAAUGUUUGGCUCAUUGUAUUUUUGUUUACUCGCAGCACACCGGUGUUUCAUUGUUGUUUGAUGACCAUCGUUACUUCUGUAUUUUUCUUGUCAUUUACAUAUGCAAAUACAUUUCACGAGGGUAGUAUGCAAUUAAUUCCGGUUUUUUCAAGUGUGGGUUGUUUCACUGAUUGCCUUGUGUCAUGUCAAUUGGGAAAAAAAUAAAUGCAUCUGUUACUUUG